ACUUGAAUAACAAACAGGUGUGCGCAAAAAAUGGCAAAAGAAAGGCCGCGGGAGACAACAGAGAGUCACCCAAGAAAAAAAAAGGAAUGUGGACCAGGACAAAAAAUCAGUGGCAGACCAAAAACGUGAAUUCCAAGCCAGAUAUGCGGAGGAGCACCAGCUCGGAGAAGGAGGCUGCGGAGCAGUGUUUGCUGGCUACCGGAUAGAAGAUCGUUUUCCAGUUGCCAUCAAACACAUUCCCAAAAAUAAAGUCUACUGCAAAGUGGCGGAUGAAAGCGGGAAGAAGCUCUCGGUGGAAGUGGCCAUUAUGGUUAAACUUGCAAGUGAAGCAGAAGGGUCAGUGGGAAUAUCUGCACCUGUGUCCUUGCUGGAGUGGUUCGACCUUGGCAAAGAGCUGAUCCUGGUGCUGGAGAGACCUGUCCCUGCUGUGGACCUGCAAAAAUACAAAGCAGAAAAUGGAAGAACUUUAACAGAGGACAAGGCCAAGGUCAUUCUGAAGCAACUAGUUGAUGCUGUAAAGGAACUUGAGGAUAAACACAUCUUUCAUCGGGACAUCAAGGGACAAAACAUUCUGAUUGAGACCGGCUCAGAUGUGCCUCGUGUUCGCAUCAUUGACUUUGGACUGAGCUGCUUUGUUAAACAGCGAUCUCUGUAUCGCAUCUUCUAUGGCACUCCUCUUCACAUCCCUCCCGAGUGGUACAUUAGGAGCUGCUACAGGUGUGGACCCACCACGGUGUGGCAAAUGGGAGUGGUGUUGUAUGAAGCGCUUCAUGCACAUACUUUAGUACCGCGAGGUUCCUCACAAAGAAACUGAGCAUCAAAAAGCGUCUGUCCACAGAAUGCCGCAAUUUCUUGGACGCAUGUUUAGCUAUAGUCCCGGAGAAGCGCCCAACACUGGAGGAGCUCCAGCUUCACCCCUGGCUAAGAUAACACACACAAACACACAAUUCACACCUUAUCAUAUAAGUAUGAUACAUUGUAGUAACUUUCUUUCUUUUUUCUGUUGGACAGGAAUAGAUAGAAUGGGUCAAUCUUAAAAAUAAAUAAAUAAAAAUUUAGCUUUUUUGGAGUUCCUGUAACCCCCCCAGCCAUCCCAGGAAAGGGGAUCUCUCUUUGAAUGGGCUUUCCCGAGGUUUCUUCCCAUCGAUCUGGCCCCCUGGGGAGUUUUUCCUCGUCUUCAUAGAGAGCUUGGGCUGGGUCAGGAGCUCCAUCAAAACUGUCUUUAUUUGAUGACUUUAAAAUAAAGAUGUGUUUUACUUAAAUAAAACUUGUUUAAUUCA